AUGAAGUACUUUCUUGUCGGCGCUUCAGUGUUCUUGUGCUCUUUUUUACUGACGGGAAGCGGAAGCGGCGGUCAGCAGAAGAAGCAUGCGGAGGCGGGGGUACUAACAACUUGGCACCACGACGGGCGGGUCUUCAGCAUCCCGAGUCGGGGGUCCCGCUACCGGCCCCCUGCCCGGAUCCGGGGCUCCUCCACUGCGGCGCCCCCGCUCGCCAGAGGUAACGAGACCUCGGCCGUCAUCAGAGUCGCCCCGCGAGUGCCCGCAUCCACUGGCGCCGCGAGGUUACGGGCUGUGGCCAGUCAGCGACCUCUGCCAAGGCCUGAAACCAGAGCGGAUUCUGGAGAGGACCAGAUGGUCGGAGAUGACCCGUACAACCCUUACAAGGCGUCCAACUACUACCCAUACUACAACUAUUACAACUCCUACUACAGACCUAGGGCCUGGGCCCGACACUGGCACGGUUACGGAACCAGGUACCACCAGAAUGGUCUUCCUGAUCUGAUUCCCGAUGCGUACCACAUUCAAGCUGGCUCGUACAUCCACAGACUUCCCAUGUACAAUCUACGCUGUGCGGCUGAGGAGAACUGCCUGGCCUCUUCUGCGAGGUCUGCCGGAGAUUACCACAUGAGGGUUCUGCUGAGGUUCCCUCAGCGUGUGAAGAACCAGGGUACUGCAGACUUCCUGCCCAGCAAAGCUCCAUACUCCUGGGAGUGGCACAGCUGUCACAAUCACUUUCACAGCAUGGAUGAUUUCAGUCUGUACGAGCUAUUGGACGCCAAGAGUGACAAGGCGGUGGCAGAGGGACACAAGGCCAGCUUUUGUCUCGAGGACACGUCCUGUGACGCCGGAUACUACCGACGAUACGCCUGCACCUCACAUACGCAGGGUUUGAGUCCGGGCUGUUACGACACGUACAACGCAGAUAUCGACUGUCAAUGGAUUGACAUCACCGACGUGGCUCCUGGGAAAUAUGUGCUCAAGGUGACCGUCAAUCCCAAACAGAAGGUUCAGGAAUCAAAUUUUGCCAACAACGUGGUCCAUUGUGAUGUCCACUAUACGGGAAACGCGGUCCACUUGUCGACAUGCAAGACCUCAGCGUAA